UUUUUCCCAAAUGAGUUUUGCGUGUAACAUCGGAAAUUUGAGGUGACACCUGUUAUUCCACAUUUACUGACUGUAUUUCGGCAAUGAGUAGCGGUGGCUCACCGUACCGGAGAUUCCGGAAGGAUGUGGAGUCCGGUGGUGGUGGAAGUAGCGGUGGUUAUGAUGAACAUGAGUCAGAUCCUUUUGAUAUUGCUCGUACAAAAAGUGCACCGGUUGACCGCCUUAAAAGAUGGAGGCAAGCAGCAUUGGUAUUGAAUGCUUCCCGUCGGUUUCGAUACACUUUGGAUUUGAAAAAGGAGGAAGAGAAGAAAGAAAUUAUCGCGAAGAUCAGAGCUCAUGCCCAAGUCAUACGAGCAGCAUAUCUUUUUCAAGCGGCUGGAGAACAACCAGAUGGAACCACGAAAGCUCCUCCAUCUCCCAUUCCAACGGGUGAUUACGAUGUUAGUCCAGAGCAACUUGCUACAAUGACAAGAGACCAUGAUUUUUCUGCUUUGCAGAACUUCGGAGGGGUUAAAGGAUUGGCAGAGAUGCUGAAGACGAAUCCCGAUAAGGGAAUUCAUGAAGACGAGGCGAACAUCUUAGAUAGGAAAAAUGUGUUUGGAUCAAACACAUACCCGCGGAAAAAGGGGCGAAGUUUUUGGAGGUUUCUGUUGGAUGCUUGUCGCGAUACGACCUUGAUCAUCUUGAUGGUAGCGGCUGCUGCUUCUUUGGCUCUAGGAAUAAAAACAGAGGGGAUCAAAGAAGGAUGGUAUGAUGGAGGAAGCAUAGCUUUGGCUGUUAUAAUCGUCAUAGUUGUUACAGCUAUAAGUGACUAUAAACAAUCACUCCAGUUUCAAAACUUAAAUGAGGAGAAGCAGAAUAUACAACUGGAGGUCGUACGCGGAGGAAGAAGGGUGGAAAUUUCAAUAUUUGAUAUUGUUGUGGGGGAUGUCAUACCUUUAAAAAUCGGAGAUCAGGUUCCUGCUGACGGAGUUUUAAUUUCCGGUCACUCCCUUGCCAUUGAUGAAUCAAGUAUGACCGGCGAGAGUAAAAUUGUUAACAAAGAUCACAAAUCGCCAUUUUUAAUGUCCGGAUGCAAGGUGGCUGAUGGCUAUGGUACUAUGCUGGCGACAAGUGUUGGAAUAAAUACAGAAUGGGGAUUGCUUAUGGCUAGUAUUUCAGAAGAUAACGGUGAAGAAACACCGUUACAGGUGCGGUUGAAUGGAGUCGCGACGUUUAUUGGCAUAGUUGGGCUUGUGGUUGCUGUAUCUGUUCUUAUUAUCCUUCUUGCUAGGUUUUUUACGGGACACACCGAGGAUGCAGAAGGAAGACCCGAGUUUGUUGCUGGAAAAACUAAGGUCGGGGAUGCUGUCGAUGGCGCGAUCAAAAUUUUCACUGUUGCAGUGACUAUUGUUGUCGUUGCGGUUCCAGAAGGGCUUCCGUUAGCUGUAACGUUAACGCUGGCAUACUCGAUGCGAAAAAUGAUGGCAGACAAGGCAUUGGUUAGGAGACUAUCUGCUUGUGAAACAAUGGGUUCUGCAACUACAAUUUGCAGUGACAAAACCGGAACCUUGACAUUGAAUCAGAUGACAGUGGUAGAGUCUUACGUAUGUGGGAAGAAAGUAGACCCGCCAAACAACACGUCUGUAUUACCGUCUGGAAUUGUAUCUCUUCUCAUUGAGAGUGUAGCUCAGAACACAACCGGCAGUGUGUUUUUGCCAGAGGGUGGCAAAGACGUUGAGGUUUCGGGAUCACCAACCGAGAAGGCCAUUCUUCAAUGGGGGCUCAAUCUUGGAAUGAAUUUUGAAGUGGCCAGAUCGGAGUCUGCAAUUAUUCAAGCAUUCCCGUUCAGCUCAGAGAAAAAGCGAGGCGGUGUUGCCGUAAGACGGACUGAUUCUGAAGUUCAUGUUCACUGGAAAGGGGCUGCCGAAAUCGUGUUAGCUGCAUGUACAAGAUACAUGGACAGUAAUGAACAGCUUGUACCCCUGGAUGAAGGAACGACAGAGUAUUUUAAAAAGGCGAUUGAAGAUAUGGCUCGUGGAAGUUUGCGGUGUGUUGCUAUUGCCUACCGACCACUGAACGGGGACACUGUGCCAACAGAUGAAGAAGAACUAACACACUGGGAAUUGCCGGAAGGUGAUCUUGUUUUGCUAGCAAUAGUUGGUUUGAAGGAUCCGUGUCGACCCGGUGUCCGGGAUGCUGUCCAACUGUGCGUAAAGGCCGGUGUUAAGGUAAGAAUGGUGACGGGUGACAAUCUUCAUACCGCAAAAGCAAUCGCGUUAGAAUGUGGAAUACUUGGGUCAGAUGCGGACGCUACCGAGCCAAACCUAAUCGAAGGGAAAUCAUUCCGUGCAAUGUCAGAUGCACAACGACUAGAAGUAGCUGAGAGGAUAUCGGUGAUGGGGAGGUCAUCUCCUAACGAUAAGCUGUUACUCGUGCAAGCUCUGAGGAAAAGAGGACAUGUCGUUGCGGUUACUGGAGAUGGAACUAACGAUGCCCCUGCUUUACAUGAAGCGGAUAUCGGUCUUGCUAUGGGUAUUCAAGGCACUGAAGUAGCAAAAGAGAGUAGUGACAUCAUCAUAUUGGACGAUAACUUUGCUUCGGUUGUUAAGGUCGUCCGGUGGGGAAGAUCGGUUUAUGCAAAUAUACAAAAGUUUAUCCAGUUCCAGCUUACGGUGAACGUUGCUGCCCUUAUAAUUAACGUUGUGGCUGCGGUGUCCUCUGGUGAUGUCCCCCUGAACGCAGUGCAGCUCCUUUGGGUGAAUCUCAUCAUGGAUACGCUCGGUGCACUUGCACUGGCUACUGAACCGCCCACGGAUCACCUAAUGGACCGCCAUCCCGUUGGCCGCAGGGAACCUCUUAUAACAAACAUUAUGUGGAGGAAUUUGUUGAUACAGGCUCUUUAUCAAGUGUCGGUUCUUCUUGUACUCAAUUUCCGAGGCAGAGAACUCUUACAUUCACAGCACGACCCUAAAGAGCAUGCUAUCAAAGAGAAAAAUACUCUCAUAUUCAACGCGUUCGUCUUUGCUCAGAUAUUCAACGAAUUCAAUGCACGGAAACCAGAUGAAUUCAAUGUUUUUAAAGGAGUUACAAAAAACCGCCUUUUUAUGGGAAUCAUUGCGCUUACCGUUGUUCUUCAGGUUGUAAUAGUCAUGUUUCUCGGGAAAUUCACCUCAACCGUAAGGCUCAGUUGGCAAUUAUGGAUCGUCUCUCUUGUAAUCGGAGUUAUCAGUUGGCCUCUUGCUCUUGUUGGAAAACUGAUACCCGUCCCCGAAAGGCCCUUGGCUGAUUACUUUAUCAACAUGUUUGCAUCUUGCAAAAAGCCUAGAAACCAAGGUUCAUCUAGAGGAAACGAGGAAAAUUCUUGAAUGUAUGCGUAGCUAUUGGAAGGGUACUUUUGUUUAUUAUCAUAGUGUUUGCCCUUCCGGACAUAAUCAAAUGCUAACAUCUAUACAUCUAACGAUACCUACGGUUUUGAGCUCGUUUGGAUUUUUUGGUCAAGAUUUGAAGAUUUUCUUGGAAUUGUUUUAUUAUUUGGAAUCAUGUUCGGUUGGUGCAUUGUUAAGGGUUUGUGUUUGAUGUCGUUACCAUUUUGUUAUUAUUCGCAUGGCCUAAUCCGAACAAACUGUACAUGCUUGAAUAGUGUGUUUUAUAUUCAAAAUGCUUAAA